AAACAGCCACUAGUCUGCUCUCAGGAAGUACUGUAUGAAUAUUAAUAUGGAUGCAAAUGCUCAGCGAGGAUGCCCAGCGCUUGAACCAACGCGGCGCGCUGAUAUCUGCGCAUUUUUGUUUUGACGUUUUUUUUCCCUCUCCCCUCAUGCGUUCAUGCCUGAGCUGGAAGCAUGUUUUUCUUUAGCGGAGGUCGUCCGUGCGAGGAUGAUGUUUGCAGAGGAACAUUUUGUAACGUCGCAUUGAAUUGCAUCAUGGUUUUCAAUCAGAUCUCACGCCGGUCAGUCAACGCCGAGGCUCGGUAGUACAGUGCGCUGUUUAUCAUAAAAAUGGAAGACCUUUCACGUCAAGAAAAGGCGUCAGUCCGGUGAUAUGCGUCGGAAUAUCUGAUUGUUCAUCUCCGCGUCAAUUGACACAUCUGGGGAAGGAUUUAUUUUUUCCCCUCCUGUCUACCAAGACAGCUGUGUCAUCAACAACCGGCGUGGUUUUGUUGUUGUCUGAUUUUUACGAGUCUGGGCAACUGGAUCGGCUCAGUCUACCUCUGCGCCAGCCAUAGGCUUCACAUUCAGUAAGAGGAGGGCCGUCUGUGACACACGUCCCCUUCUCCCGAGUCUUCUUCUGUACCAUGAGCUCUGGCUCUGCCCAGGAUGUGGCAGUCGAGCAUUUCCUGCGUGACAUAGAGAGGCGAAGCAAGCGGCUACACUGCGCUGUGAUAGGCUGCGAGGAGGAGAGACCCCGCAACGACAUGAACCUUCUGUAUCGUAAGAGCCGCUUGGACUGGAGGCAGAGAGACCAAGAGGGAAGUAAAAAGAGCUCAACCCAGAACGACCCCUCAGCUACUGUCGGCAAAGUCAGAGACUUGGCUUCUUUCCGUCGGCACUUCCGGAUGGGUUUCAUGACUAUGCCCGCCUCCCAGGACCUGUCCCCUCACUCCUGUGCCUCUGCCAUGGCGCCACGCUCGCAGUCCUGUCAUGCUGUUGGUGCCGGCGAUACAAGUUUAGAGAAUGGAGAUUACUCUGACACCCAAUCUCAACAUGGGGGCCGUUGCCCCCCAGCCAAACCCAAACGUCAUCCCAGUACUCGCCUCAGCUCCUCAUCAGCUGACAGCAGAGGACCUCCUGAGACUCCACCACCCCCUCCACCCACUCACUCACAGUCAAAACACUCGGACAAGAAAAACGCCAUGAAGAAGUCUGACUCUGGAGACAUUGGUUCAAAGAAGGUUCCUCCUUUAAAGCCCAAGAGAAGUCCCAGUACGCAGCUUACCUUUGACUCUCUUCCUCCACGUGUGCCUGCUUCUGCAACAUCGCUGCCAUUCCAGGCAGCAGACUCUCAGAUUCAGACAGGAGAUGGAGACGAUGAGCCAGUAUAUAUAGAAAUGGUGGGCCAAGUGUUCACCAGAGACAGCCAGACGGCCACGCCCCACCCUGUCACCCCUGUGGCCACUACACCGGACUCUGACUCAGACCAGAGUGAGGCCAUUUAUGAGGAAAUGAAAUAUCCGAUGCAGGAGGACAGAGAGUCCCACAGACACCUCCCUCCCAAACAUGAGAAACUAAAAUCGAAACAUUUCCAUGUCACGCCUUCGUCCUCCAGCAGCUCCUCAUCUCUGCCACGCCCCUCCUCUUCUUCCCCUUCCUACUCCAAACCCAAAGCUACGGUGUCAAUAUCCCAUUCAUCUCCUCUGCCUUCCUCUGCAUCCUCCACGCCUGUACCCCAGGUCCUCUCUGCCAGCCCCCACACGCCACGGGCUCCUACUCCGUAUCUCUUGCAAGGGAGUAAAUCUGAGUCUGAGUCCAACACAAAGAUUCCAGCACCUUUCCCCAAUCUUCUACAGCACCGGCCCCCCCUGCUCGCCUUCCCUCAGCCCGCUGCAGCCUCCAGCGGGGUCGGGGUGCAAAACAAGGCGUCUUCUGCUAAAAUGGGAACCCAAACAUCAAGUGUGACAACUCAAGCGAGCACCUCCUCCUCAGCUUCUUCUAACAUCUCUGUAUCCCUGUCAGGCUCCAAGGAGUCGUCAGGAGGAAGUUCAUCGCAGCAGGACAAACACAGCAGAGACGCCCAGUUAGGCCCUGCUCCUGGACUGAGAGCCAGGAGCCACUCCACACCCCUGCCGCCCUCCUCCAAAUCCACCUCCCCCUUCUCUCAUCACCAUCACCACCCUCACCAUCGGCCCUCACACUACCAUCACUAUCGCAAGCCAGAGAGAGGAGACUCGCCCGCUCCAAAUAAGAGCAACUCUCAGACUUCAAACCAGGCCACAGUCCAGACACAAACCUCAAGUACAGGCAAGGAAGGCAAGUCUGUCAGUUUCCUCUUGAAGUCUGAUAAAGGAGAGAGGGAUAAGGACAGAGACAGAGACAGAGACAGGGACAGGGACAGGGACAGAGACAGGGACAGGGACAGGGACAGGGACAGGGACAGAGACAGAGACAGAGACAGAGAUCGGACUAGAGACAGGGACAGAGAGAGAGACAGGGACAGAGAGAGAGACAGGGACAAGGAGAAAGAUAAGGAUAGAGACAGAGAUAGAGAAAGGGACAGGGAUCGGGAUAAGGACAGAGAAAGAGAAAGAGAAAGAGAAAGAGAAAGAGACAGAGACAGAGACAGAGACAGAGACAGAGACAGAGACAGAGAUCGAGAUCGGGAUAGGGAUAGGGAAGGAGGGCCACACUCCUUACAGAUGGAUAUUUCUAACACCUCCAGCAGCCAAACGCCUCAAAGCAGCACCAGCUCGACCCCUACGCCAUUAUCGUCAUCCCAGCGUCCUCAUUCUCGCCCACAUCUCCGCUCUCACACUCCUCAUGGCCUGCCAGCAUACAAACCUCCCUCUUCUGACAGCCCCCUGCUAUGGACCUACCCCUCCGGUGGCUUCCGGAGACCGCCGGCUUACGAUAGUUUGAGAGGCAGCUCUCAGACACCGUCUCUUCAGCAGCCCUCGAGUCUUACUGGUGUAUGUGAGGGAGGAUCCAAAAGCAAUGGAGGGUCUGCAUCCCUCCAGUCAAAAGUUGGCUUCAUGCCUUGGGACAGCAGUGCCAGCUUAGCUGCAGAUGAGGGGUCUUACUGGCCUAUGCAGAGAAAAUUGUCCUUCAGCCAUGGGAGCAGAGAAACAGAGAAGGAUGAAGGGCGGGCGUGGAAUGGCAGUGCUGAUGCGCUGUUGAGGAUGGAUAAGGACGAACUAGGGAUGGGCUCUCGAGGAGGCCAAUCAGGCAUCCCAGUUCACUUCAGUGGUGCCACCAGUAGGGCCCUUGGUCACAGUGAAUCGCUGGCCGGUGUCGACAGCAGCCCAGGAUUCAGAGCUCUGCCUAGAGUAGGGCUGCCUCUUCCCUGCCAGACUUUUCCUGCCUGUCGCAAUGGAGUGGGGCGGCUGGGCCGCUCCUCCUCUGCUGCUGGAGUGAGACAGGUGGGUGGAGGAGACGUCCAGAGACAGAGCAGUCUACCAGCACGAGAAGCCCUGAAUCAGCUGCACAGUCUGGCCCAGCCUCAAGCGCCCUGCAGUCCCAGCGGCCCCAACAUGUCUCGGCAGCAGCAGCAGCUUCAACUUCACCAGCAGCAGCUGCAGUUAAAACAGCAGCUCCAGCAGCUUCAGCAUCAGCACCACCUGCAAUUGCAGUUCCAACACCUUGCCCAACUGGCGCAGGGGCAGCCUCCUGUCAGUGGAGGCUCCACCCCGUCCACAACGCAGACCCAGAGAGACGGCAAGCUGCUAGAAGUCAUUGAGCGUAAACGCUGCCUGUGCAAAGAGAUCAAGGCCCACAGGCGCCCUGACAAAAGCUUGUGCAAGCAGGACAGCAUGCCCAUCCUCCCUAGCUGGAGACGGACACCUGAGCCUCGAAAGACUGGCACGCCACCCUGCCAGAGGCCGCAGGCGGUCGUGUGGGACACGGCUAUCUGAGCUGGAAAGACAGGCCAGUGAGUACAGCUCCUGAAGAAAGACAAAAAAAAAAACAAAAAAAAAAAAAAAAACACAAAUAUGCUGAAAGUAGAUGAAUAAUGAAAAGAAGAAAAAUUGAUAAAGUAACUGGAAAAUCCUCUUAAAUGUUGUGGUGAUAUAAUUACCACAGAGCAACAAGACACUUGUGUGAUAAACUGAUAUGAGAGCAGUAAUAAAAGUUACUGGGGUCUGAACUCGUUAGGGAAAACCUUUUUAAAAAGAUAGAUAAAGAUGUGAAGAAUAAGUGUUACAAUCAGACUAAAUUCAUUUCUUACCCAGUUGGUUUGUACCGGCUCUGUACUGUGUACUACUCUGACGUGUUCCAGUUGCCAAUCAUUUUUGCCACAAAACACCAGUAUUAUUGCUACACAAAGAAGACACCAACUAAAUAAUAAUGGGUGGGUUGUUUUCCGACGUUGGUGUUGCCAAAUUUCUUCCUGACUACUUGAGACAUAAAGGAAUCAUGUAUUUUCUCCAACACUCAUAAAAACUACUCUGUGGAUGAGCAAAGGCAGAACUCAUAGAUAAGUUGUUGAAGUGUUUCUUGAAAUCGUGAAUGUAUAUGAGAUGUCUUGGUAUCAAUAGAUUGUCAUUGUGGAUGCAAAUAAUAAUCACCGAGGAGUAAAAGCUACCUACUGUAUCUGUUUGCAUAUUUGUAAUGUAAAUCUAUUUACUUUCUCAACGUUUCUGCAAUUUUAUAGCAAUAUGUUCCCAAAGCUGGAGCAACAUAAUUAAAACUUGUGUCAACUAGCCUAACAUACAUAUCUAAGACUUGAAUAAGUCAUAUUUACUGUGUCAUUCUCUGCAUGUCAUGAUAGACAUACAGUAUUGUAAAAAAAAAAGAAAAAAAAAGAAAAAAAAUCUGUGUAGAGAUGAUCAUGUCAAAUUUUUACAUACAGAAGAUCUUCACUAUGAUAAUGUGUGGUUAUAUAAAAAGAGGUUGCUGGGGGGAUGGGGAGGGGGGUCGUAAGGAAAGGUGUGACAGAUACAGGCACAUACUGUGCAGUCCAGCCAAAUAUAGACACAGAUCAAUGGUACAAAAACUUCAUCACUCAUGCUUAUCCACAGUUGCACAUUAGUGAUUGUUCCACCACUGAAAAUCAAGCACUGACACCCAUCAACACAGACUGUGCAAUAUGGUGCAACUGAUAAGACUGUGAGUAUUGAUCACCUCAAACAGAAUGCUGGAACAAUCUGCACAAAUCAUCGUAUAGGAGAAAUUAAACCCUAAUGUACUGUAAAUAGAUAUGUACAACUGUAUUGAAAAUGUAGCAAAUAUUUCCAUUUUCAUACUUGUAAUCAAUACAUAUUAUGUAGCAUAUACUGUAUAAACAUAACUUUCUUCACUUGUUUUUUCUAAAAGAAUUAAGUACUUUAUCUGCUGCAGCCAGUCCAUGCAUUACUUAUAGUUCUACUAAUAAACAGUAAGCCCUCUACAGAAAGGCGCAGUCCAACAUUUGUUAAUUUAAAUUUAUGCAAGACUCCCUUUAAGCCGUGUUAUUAAUUCAUUUACGCCCUUUUUCUACAUUCAUUUUUAUUUGUGUACAGAUUUCCACAGCUUGUUGUCUUGACAGUUUUUGAAUACUUUGCUGCUAUCUUGAACUACUGGUGUUGUUCAUUCAACUACAUGGUGGUACCAUGAGAAACAUUAUCAAUGUAGUGGUUAUUGUUACAUGAUUUGUUUUCUUUCCGAAAAGCCACGUGAAAUGACGUUUGUACCUUGAAGAGUAAGCCCUUCUGUAAAAGUAUUAAGGCGCUUGAAUGUCUCUUGGUUGUUGUUGUUUUUACGAUAGUUAGCACCAAACUGUACAGUACAGUACACCCAGUGAAAAGAAGACCUAUUUAAAUGUUUGAGAGUCACUGCUUGGCCUUUUUUUUAAAAAAACAAACAAAAAAACAAACAGACAAACAAAAAAAAAAAAGUUAUUUCUGUUCCACCUGCUUGUGUUUGAGGGUCAAAGUUUUUCAAGCUUACCGAGUCCAUUUUCAAACAAACACACGUCAGGUUGAAGGAAAUGGGCAAGUGCAAUGCAUGCAGAGAUUCUUAACACUGAAAUGUUCCAAUGAUCCUUAGUAUUGUGCCCAAUUUCAUUUCAGAUACUGAGUAAUCACUUUACUACAAUUCCUUUUCACAGACUGAUAUGGAGCCCUACCUAUAAUUUCCAAAAAUAGUUUACAGAAGCUGUUGGUUUUUGUGUGUCUACUAAAACAGUGGCCAUUAUACGAGUGCCAUACUAUAUUGAUAUGGUAAGAUACGGUGUACCUUGGAAAUCACUGUAGUGCUAUAUUUGCAUUGAUAUUGUCAUUGAAAAUAAAUUUUAUAUAAUGAACUUUA